UUAGUAAGACGUUUAUAUUUAAGGGUGAGUAUUGUGGUUACCUGUCGUCAUUACUAAGCUGUCUGCGCCUCAUCACACCAACAACAGGAUGUUAUCUUCAGAUCAAUACAACGUUUUGAUCGCCAUCUCGUUUGCAACGCUAUAAAGAUAACCACAUCGUUUUAUCAAAGCCAGGUCUGGAACAAUGGGGAGCGGCGCGUCAAAGAAGACCAAAUCGUCGAAAUUUAAACAGAACGCGCUGCUGGUGUCGGGGCUGGCAGCCGCGUCUACGCGGUCCUUGCAUGAAGCUGUCACCGACAUCACUCAGGUGUCGCAAGGUUCAGAUUCUGACCACGAGCAAGCACACACGAAGGACGUCGGUGUGGUUGACACACCACUUUACAGUACCGCUUCCACUGACAUGGAUAUCAACAGACAAUUUUCAGAGGAGAGUCACAGAGUCUCCCUGACAUACACUGACACAUCGUCAGCGUGGGAACAACUCAGGCAAGGUACUUGCGCUGAUAUUGAUACGCUCCCUCAAACAAAAUUUACAGUGAAAAAAUCAUAUACGCCUUUAAAAAGGCAGCGGACGGUUGACGAGGAUGAUAAUGAGGCAUAUGAUAUACCGUACGACAAAUUCCUUGGCAGUAAACCGUUAGGGGACGUUAAAGAGGAACAGACAAUCACUUGCUCACUGUGCCGCAGCGAUAACAUUGACAAUGCAUUGUACAAAUGUCGCAUUUGUGCUAGACACUUUCACGAACGAUGUCUACAGAAAAUUGGUUUCUGUCAGGACGAAGAAUCACUGAGGCAACUUCAUAAAGCAAAAACCAAAGUGGGAUGGAGCUGUCACGAAUGUGACAAUUUAAACAAUAUACUAACAGAGGAAGAGCAAGUCGAAUUGAUAGAAAAUUUCGAAAAAUGCGAUGUGAAUAUGGAUGCCACCAUUUCGGUAGAGGAGUAUUUAGACUACAAACAGAAAGAGUACCUGGCGCUGUUCCACACUCCCAUGCCCAAAGAAGAAGAGGACCUUGAGAAGACGAAGUUUCGACACAUGGACACAGACGGCACUGGGACCAUCGACUGGUGGGAGUUUCUUAAUUAUGAGACCAUCAGACUGUUAGAGAGAACGAGGACCAAAAACGCCCUACUCCGCCUACUUACUCCCAGUGAGAUUGACACUGCCAGAGAAGCGUUUAGUCAAUUUGACUUAGAUGGCGACGGCUUGAUAACUGAAGUGGAGGCAAAGAAAGCAUUCUCCAGGUGGUACAAUCAUGUGACUCCGAACGCUAACGGGUUGCCGAACAAGGCAUUCCUCAUCAAGAACAGAACAAAACAUAUCAUGGAUGCAGACGCCGAUAAUAGCGGGAACGUUUCAUGGACGGAAUUUUUGAAACAGCGUGCUAUUGUGAUGCUAGCAGCGAGACCAAACAAGGCUGUGAAACACUUGGGCAACAGCGCCGUCAUGGACACAGAAGACGACAUGGACUGAUAAAUUUGAUAAAAAAAUAAAUCAUGUAAUAUCAGAAGCAGAUUUUACUGUCAUUUAUAUAUCAGUAUAUCAGUAUGCCAUAAUGCCAUAAUGCCAUAUCGAGGAUGAUGCACCACUGAAAUUUUCUAGACAUGAUUAAAAAACGUUUUGUAAAAUGUAAUAAAAAAAACCCUGAAAACAUCUUUAUUGCCAAACGCCCUGUGUAAAAUCAUCAAAAAGAAAAUGAGCAGGUUGGUUGACAGCAGGCAUCACAAAGAAUUAUAAUUUUUCAGAUAGGUCUUCAUGCAGGUUGGAUAAUGCACUUUCGAACUGAAAUAGUUUUUUAUUAAUAUUCCCAUAGUUACAAUUCAGGCGAAGGACUGUCGCGGAAUUAAGAUAUCAACCUUACACCUUCCCACAACCUUGUUUGCAGACUAUACCCAGUCUUAUCUCUCUACAUACUUGAACUGAUCUUGUGGAGGUUUUAAAUUAAUAUACUUUAAUUAUCUGGAAAGGUUCUGAAAUACGUAAGCAAAUCGAAAAUAGAGAAGCUACGUCAUGUUACUUCAUUCUGAAAGGCUUAUUUCCACUGGGAAUUAUCAUGGCCUGUUGUCGAUAUCGCAACUCGACUGGAAUCUGAGACAUGCCAAAUACUUCUCUUAAAUUAUCCCCAAAAAGGGCAAUCUUAUAAGCAUAGGACAAGGAUUUAGAUAAAGACGAACUGAGUUCAUCUUCACUGAAAUUACAUGCGUGGUGAUCGAAAACUGCGACAAGUGAUAUAGUUGAAUGAGUACCAAAUAAAGGGCCAUCAAAUCUGCAUUGCGUGUGUGCAGCUAUCCAAUUAAUUGCACACACUGUCAAUCAAUAAAUUCUUGGUAAUAGGAAUAUAGGCUGACCAAGGGAAAAAAAACAUGUAAACCUCUAGUCAAUGAUCAGGGCCUCGUUGGCUUGGGUCAUUAAUAAUGGGAAUUAACGGAAUUCACGUGGUUUUCAAUCAUUCUACUUUCGACAAUCGCCUUAGGGGCGGCGAUCGAUGAUUGGGUUAAAGGACCCAUGGACAGAGAGUUUAAAAUGAAUAAUUACCCUUUUGAUACAUUCUUAUUCUGGAUUUAUGGCUCUUCAUUACUUCAUAGAUUCUAGUCAUUUAUGAGACUGCCAACUGAUUGAAAGUGUUUUUUCCCCGUUGGAUAGUAAGAUUUGAUACCCGUGCGUUGGGUUUGUACUUUACUUCCUCUCUCACUGGGGAGAUGCAGUGAUUGAGCGACCGAGGUUAUCCUGUGCGCACCGGAGCCGAACGAGAAGCCAAAACAAGUCGCAUUGAUUUCCUCAGAAGGUCUUUUACCAGAGCAAUUUUUUUAAAGUUAUUUAUCAAACCAAGGAUGAAAGGAUAAAAUUUUCUGGCGCUAUGGUUGUAUCAUUUCGAUUACAACUAUCCGUGAUUACACAGCUUCAUCGCGCACGGGCUUGCUGUUGGAGUUUAAUAAUCCACAAAAAUGUUACUAUUUCUGAACUAAUCAGCUAUGGAUCUGUGUUAUGAUGGAACAACGAUGCCAGAUGAACAGAACUUUACCGCCAAUAUUUCAGGAAAUGGAACACUCAGUCAACACACACUUACGGAAAAAGAGAAGGGCGCCUUCAUAUACAUAAUAGUGGUGCUACUCUUUUACUCUUUUGGUGUAGUUCUAGGAAUCAUAAAUUACCUUAAAAAAGGAGAAACGUGAAAUUGAAGAGGAGAAGUUAUUUGAUGAUUAUCUCUUGAUAAAGAGCGACCCAGAGCGAGCCAUACGUUCCCAGCGAGUUCAUCGCGUAUCCAUGAAAUUACAGCGCUAUGACGACCGACAAAGUUCUAUUAAUUCUUUACCACGGGUCAGGACAGAGUUAACAUUUUCACCUUCGUUCCCAACUUUACAGACAAUACAAGAACAUGAGUCAGACGGUAUGUUGUAUCAUCUGGAAGAUGCCCCAAACACUUUGGAUUACUCUCAAGAAGACAUAUAUAUACCGAAAGAAUCCCAGUCGCCUAACCAUUUGACAAAUAACCUUAAUGCAACGUUAAUGCCUUUGACGUAAAUCUUACAUCAUAAUCUGCACUGGAUUACUGGACCCUUCAGAUAUCAGAUGAUAUAUAAUGCCACGGAGGUUUAAAAGAAAAUUAAUUUUGCGGCAUGCCAUCCCAAUGCAAUAAGAAAUACAAGAAGUAGCGACUUAUGGUCGAUGGUAGAUCUCAUCAGCUGAAUGAAAAUUUGACUGCUGCAUGAAGGUAUAUGGGUGGGUGAGAUAGGCUGCUCUAACCGAUAUUAUGUGCAUUGAAGGGCGUCUAAUUUUUUUCUGUCAGAAGACGGUAAAAAUGGAGGAUGGAUCAACAAGGAUAAUUUGGAAGACUGUCAGAAAAUAUAUCUGAAUCCACCCCCGUUUAUGAGAUUCUUUUAAAAUCCACAGAAAAACUUGAAACAAAAAUGCCAAAAUAUAAUAGAGAGAGAUGAAAUAUUAAUUGGAUAAAUAACACCCUCAGCACGUCUGUCCGCUGAACAUGUAUG